AUGUCGUCUUUGAGCAGAGAACUGGUGUUUCUGAUCCUUCAAUUUCUCGAGGAAGAGAAAUUCAAGGAGACCGUGCACAGGUUGGAGCAAGAGUCGGGCUACUUCUUCAACAUGAAGUACUUUGAAGAAAAAUCUUUGGCGGGAGAGUGGGACGAGGUCGAGAAGUAUCUCUCUGGCUUCACCAAAGUCGAUGAGAAUCGUUACUCUAUGAAGAUUUACUUCGAGGUCAGAAAGCAGAAGUAUCUCGAAGCCCUCGACAGGAAUGACAGAGCUAAGGCCGUCGAGAUACUGGUGAAGGAUUUGAAAGUAUUUUCGACGUUUAACGAAGAAUUGUACAAAGAAAUCACUCAUCUUUUGACUCUUGAUAACUUCAGAGAAAAUGAACAAUUAUCAAAAUAUGGUGAUACUAAAUCAGCUAGAAGCAUAAUGCUAGUAGAACUUAAAAAGUUGAUUGAAGCAAAUCCUUUGUUUCGAGAGAAGCUUGUUCUACCCACCCUGAAGGCUUCACGCUUGCGAACUCUAAUUAAUCAAAGUUUAAAUUGGCAGCACCAGCUGUGCAAGAACCCAAGGCCAAAUCCUGACAUUAAGACCUUAUUCAUGGACCAUUCGUGUUCUCCUCCAAAUGGGGCUCGUGCAUCCACACCAGUUACUCUUCCGGUUGCAGCUCUUGCAAAGCCUUCAACUUAUGCUCCUCUAGGAGCACAUGGUGGACCUUUUCCGCCUGCAGCUGCAGCUGCUGCUGCUAAUGCGAAUGCUUUAGCUGGAUGGAUGUCAAAUGCUAAUCCUUCCUUGUCUGUGCAAUCACCUGUUGUUGCUGCUUCACCUUUCCCUGUUCAACCCAGUCAAGUUUCUGGUUUAAAGCAUCCAAGACCACCAUCAAAUGCUCUUGGAAUGAUUGAUUAUCAGAGCUCUGAUCAUGAGCAACUAAUGAAACGUCUCCGGUCUGCACAAUCUGUUGAUGAGGUCAGUUAUCCUCCCCAUCCGCAACAUGCUUCCUGGUCACCAGAUGACCUACCAAGAAAUGUAGCAUGUACUCUUCGUCAGGGGUCCAAUGUGAUAAGCAUGGAUUUCCACCCUUCUCAUCCCACAUUACUUGCCGUUGGCUGUAGUAAUGGAGAAAUUACACUAUGGGAAGCUGGGCUGCGAGAGAGGCUGGUGUCAAAGCCAUUCAAAGUAUGGAAUAUGUCUAAUUGUUCUGUGACAUUUCAGGCUGCUUUUGUCAAAGAUUCAUCAAUGUCUGUAAGCCGUGUAGCAUGGAGUCCAGAUGGAAACUUUAUGGGUGUUGCAUUUACAAAAUAUUUGGUUCAUUUGUAUCAAGGACCUACUGAUCUACACCAACAUUUGGAGAUUGAUGCCCACGUUGGUAAUGUGAAUGACUUAGCAUUCUCUCAUCCAAACAAGCAAUUAUGUGUUAUAACUUGUGGAGAUGAUAAGCUGAUAAAGGUUUGGGAUUUGUCUGGAAGAAUGCUUUUCAAAUUUGAAGGUCAUGAGGCGCCUGUUUACUCGAUUUGCCCCCACCAGAAGGAGAAUAUUCAGUUUAUAUUUUCAACUGCUGUUGAUGGGAAAAUAAAAGCUUGGCUCUAUGACAAUGUGGGCUCCAGGGUUGAUUAUGAUGCUCCUGGGCAGUGGUGCACAACAAUGCUAUACAGUGAUGAUGGAAAUAGAUUAUUCUCUUGUGGGACUAGUAAAGAUGGUGAGUCCUUCCUGGUUGAAUGGAAUGAAAGUGAAGGGGCAAUAAAGAGGACAUAUAGUGGGUUCAGAAAGAAAUCUUCUGACAUAGUUCAAUUUGAUACCACAAGAAAUCACUUUUUGGCUGUUGGUGAAGAAAACCAGAUAAAGUUUUGGGAUAUGGAUAAUACAAAUAUUCUUACUAGUACAGAUGCUGAGGGUGGGCUUCUGACUCUUCCCCGCUUGAGAUUCAAUAAGGAAGGAAAUCUGCUUGCCGUUACCACGGCUGACAACGGAGUCAAGAUUCUUGCCAAUGCCGAGGGUCUCAGAUCCCUAAGAGCAAUUGAAACUCGCUCUUAUGAAGCAUCCAGAGCUCCUAUUGAGAUGAAGGUAUCUGGUUCUUCCAUGGUUCCAAACAUCAACCCGACCAUUAAUAAAGUGGAGCGUAUGGAUACAAGCUCUCCUGCUCGACCUACUCAUAUUCUUAAUGGAAAUGAUUCUAUGGCAAGAAGCAUGGAAAAGCGAAGAAGUUUAGAUGAUGUAUCUGAAAAAAAUAAACGUUGGGAACUGGCAGAGAUUGUUGAUCCUGUAAAGUGUCGAGUGGUUACCAUGCCAGAGAGUAAAGAUCCUGCUAACAAGGUUGCUCGACUUCUUUACACAAAUUCUGGUUCCGGCAUUCUAGCUCUUGGUUCAAAUGGGGUGCAGAAGCUGUGGAAGUGGAGCCGCAAUGAACAAAAUCCAAGUGGGAAGGCCACUGCAAGUGUUGUUCCCCAACAUUGGCAACCCAAUAGUGGUCUUUUAAUGACUAAUGAUGUCCCAGAAAAUUUUGAAGAAGCAGUUCCAUGCAUUGCACUCUCAAAGAAUGAUUCCUAUGUGAUGUCUGCCUGUGGGGGGAAAGUGUCUCUGUUCAAUAUGAUGACUUUUAAGGUAAUGACAACUUUCAUGCCACCUCCACCAGUCUCAACCUUCCUGUCCUUUCAUCCUCUGGAUAAUAACAUCAUAGCAAUAGGAAUGGAAGAUUCAACUAUCCACAUUUACAAUGUUAGAGUUGAUGAGGUCAAAACAAAACUGAAAGGUCACCAGAAACACAUUACUGGUGCCGAUGCUCAACUAUGCUUUUGGAACAUGGAUGUAUGGGAUAAGAGGAAAUCGGUUACACUUCAACUGCCCGCUGGAAAGGCUCCUCUUGGCGACACGCAAGUACAGUUCUAUUCUGAUCAAGUCCGGUUAUUGGUAUACCAUGAGACUCAACUAGCAUUAUAUGAUGCUGCCAAAGCAGAAUGCAUUCGGCAGUGGAUGCCACAAGAUGUACUGCCUGCACCCAUAUCUUGCGCAGCAUAUUCCGCCAGUAGUCAACUAGUUUAUGCAGCUUUCACUGAUGGUAAUAUUGGAGUGUUUGAUGCUGAUAGUCUGAAACUAAGAUGCCGUAUUGCCAUGUCGGUGUACUUAUCACAAGCAUCAUCAAACAGCCAAACCGUGUACCCGCUAGCUCUUACAGCACAUCUGCACGAGCCAUAUCAAUUUGCUGUUGGACUGACAGAUGGAUCUGUUAAAGUUAUAGAGCCCUCUGAAGCUGAGGGGAAGUGGGGAGUUUUGGUGCCUGUUGAUAAUGGAACACAGAACGGCUGGACAGCAACAUCUUCGACUAACAAUCCUCCUUAG